UCUAGGUUGUGAAUCAACUUAUGGGGGUCACCCCCACGCCUCAAGACUUCACCCAGAAGGACAGAAGGGUGGUUGUCAUAGGCGACUCCCUGCUGCAAGGAACUGAAGGCCCUAUAUGCUGGCCUGACCCUAUCCGCAGAGAGGUGUGCUGCCUCCCUGGAGCACAGAUCAGGGACAUUGCUAGGAGACUUCCCAGACUGAUCUGCCCUUCUGACUACUAUCCACUAUUGAUAGUACAGGCUGGCAGUGAAGAAGUUAGUGAGAAAAGCCUGAAGGCUAUCAAAGAUGACUUCAGAGGACUGGAGCGGGUAGUAGAAGGAACAGGUGUGCAGGUGGUUAUUACAUCUGUACCUUCAGUGGCAGGGAAGGAUACUGGGAUGAGCCUAAAAACCCAUCUCUUGAACAAAUGGCUUAGGAGUUGGUGCAAACACAGGAGUUUUGGUUUUUUUUGAUCACAGGGCAAUUUACUCGGCACCUGGCAUGAUGGCUGCAAAUGGAAGCAGCCUGCCUCCACGGGGAAGGAGGGUUCUAGCUGAGGAACUGGCGGGAUUUAUUGACAGGUGUUUAAACUUGAUAUGAAGGGGGAAGGGGACAAAAUGAGGACCGCUGGGACUGAGGGGGUAGUUCAGGCUCAAAACAGAACUUGAUGGGUGGAGCCGAUGGAGUUUAAAGGCUUGGAGAGGGGUGGGGAGAUGCUGCUUCUCUUAAGUGCCUGUAUACUAAUGCGCAUAGCAUGGAAAAUAAACAGCAAGGUCAUGAUCUCAUUGCGAUCAUGGAGACGUGGUGGGACAGCUCGCAUGACUGGAAUGCUGUCAUGGAGGGCUAUGUGCUUUUUAGGAAAGAUAGGCCGGCUAGGCAGGCUGGUGGAGUUGCUCUUUAUGUGAGAGAGCAGCUAGAAUGUAUUGAACUCCACUUGGGGGAGAGUGAUGUAGCAGUGGAGAGUUUGUGGGUGAGAAUCAAGGGGCGGGCUGGUAAGGGUGACACUGUUGUGGGUGUGUACUACAGGCCCCCUGAUCAGGAUGAAAACAUUGAUGAGGCCUUCCAUAAGCAACUGGAUGUAGCAUCACGUUCCCAGGCGCUGGUGCUUAUGGGGGAUUUCAAUUAUCCAGAUAUUUGCUGGACGACCAACAUGGCCAGACACACACGGUCCAGACGGUUCUUGCAGUGCGUUGAAGACAACUUUCUGAUGCAGGUGGUGGAGGAACCGACGUGGGGAGGAGUGUUGCUGGACCUUAUUCUCACCAACAAGGAAGGACUUGUUAAGGAAGUAAAGGUUGGGGGCAGCUUGGGUUGUAGCGAUCAUGAGAUGGUGGAGUUCAAGAUCCUGAGUGGAAGAAGCAAAGCAAAAAGUAGGAUUGCUACCCUGGACUUUAGGAGAGCCAACUUCGAUCUCUUCCGGGACCUACUUGGAGCUAUCCCAUGGGAUUGGGUGUUAGAAGGAGUCCGUCCAAGAAGUGCUUCCCACCGGUGGUGUUCUCCGUCCUUCUUCACUCCUUCCAGGACACGAAGCAUCUCUGUCAUAUCAUGGUGA